GCCCUUCAUCAUGCUUUAUUCAGCCCUAAACAGACUUAUCUAGCAGUAUUUACAUUAAAACCAUGCCUGAUGUUAUAAAGUGAAGCCAUAGUGUACUAGUGUGUGGUGACGAAAGCCCCUCAGGCUUUAUUCUUAGUGAUGCCUCCACUUCUCCCAACACAGGACGCGUUCUGAGCGCCUCUCGGGCAUCAGCCAUGACCACACUGUGAAGGCCAGUGGUCCUGCACCUCCACUGUGGAUCUGUAGAUACCCUGCAUAUCACCAGCCAGGAUAGGAGAAGUUUAGCUGUCGCUACGUGGAGCGACUUCCUAAUACCAGGCGUGGAACCAGUACUGGUAUGAUUACCUGGGAAGUAUCCCAUCUGCUCAUCAAGAGAAGUGUAAUGAAGAUAAUAGUUGUUCUCCUGACGAAGGCCAACUCUUUUUGUAAUGUAACAGAAGUUGUGGAUUAACCUUGUGGGCGUUGAAGUAAGGGAGUCCACACUGUGUCGGAGAAGUGUCUCAAGUGGUUCACCUCUGAUGUUUGUUAAGUGGUUCGCCUAUUGAAUGCCAUAGGACUUUCGGUCUCCAGUUGAUGUGAGUUACAAUUUUUGGUGCCAUGUUAAGAUGUUGCAUAGUGUUGUAUUGUACCAUUGAUCAAUUCAGGUUGUAGUAGUGCAGGAGAGUUUUUGUGUUAAGUGGUUCAUAUUUUUGUUUGGUCAAGUGGUAGCAUUUUUAGGUCAAAAUGAUUAGGGCAGUAAAAUUGGGUUACAUGGGUGGUGACACAGCGAGAGAGAUGCUUGAAGAGGCCAUGGUAAUCAUCAACAGGCAACGGGUAGAGCUAGAGGAAUUACAGAAACAGGUUAAGGAACUAAAACGAGAACUCCAGCAUGCAAAGAACCCAAACAAUGAGCAAGUGUCAGUUGUAGAUGACACAACCCCACUCCAUACGGAUAAGCUAACAUUGGAAGAAUUGCAGAGCUUACAGGUAGACGAGGUCCUAAGUAAGUUUUUUCGGAAAGUUGAAAGAUGUGUAACAGAGGAUGAGGGAAGAAUAUCAACUGCCCUGAGUUGGAUGGAAAACAGCGUGGCCAAGUUGGUACGGCCAUUGUUAGUGGCAGUUAGUGAGGACUGGGACAGUUUCAGAAAGGUUAUGUUAAGAUUGAAUUUAGGACCAUCCACCGAAGAUGAAGCAUGGGAGGUGUUGAAACGAAUCGUGUAUAAUGUGAAUGAUAAUCCCCGAUAUUAUGUAUGUGACAUGAGAGCGAGGUUGACAGUCAUGGAGAAGAAGUUUGGAGUAAUAACCACUAAAGAUACUUACAUAAUGCAAAGACUGUACAGAGCUGUGCCUGAACCAAUGCAGAGAGACUUAACCCCCUAUACACAAGACUGCCGUACAUUGGAUUCAUUUGUAAGAAUGUUAGAGCGAAGUAGGAGUGAAUAUCUGGGUGGGGAUAAAAUGGACUUAUAUCACGUUAGACAAUCCCGCCAGGAACAAGUACGACCCACGACAGUACCAGAGAAUUAUAGAGUUCAGGGAGACUACCAUAUGAACAAGACUGACGGAAGACGGGAUCAGAACACGAGGUGGAAGGAGACUAACACUCAAGGUUGGACAGGGACUGAAUGGUGUGGGUAUUGUAGGAGGGAUAGCCAUAGCCCACAUAAUUGCCCCUCCAGGCCCAGACCAGGUUCAUGUUAUGCGUGCAUGAGGAUGAACUGUAGGAGUUUCUUUACCACUUGUCCAGGACGCCAAGCUAGGAAUCACCCUCCGAGCCAAUGACCACGACAACCUUUCCCACACAGUUCUCCAUGUAUUAAGUUACCUAUAUGUGGACAUACUUGUAUAGCGUUGGUUGAUACGGGUAGUGAAUCUACGAUCAUUAAAGAGUUUGGUGAGUGCCUUGAGGGUGGGGCCCAUUAGGCCUUGUACCCAAAGAUAUGUAGCUAUUAACGGGGAAGAGUGUAAGACCCAAGGCACUGUUGUCAUCAGUGUACAGUUGUCCCGUAGGAAAAGAAUCCGUCACCAAACCGUAAUAGUGGAAGAUAACAUGUUGGAUACUGAUGUAUUAUAGGGAGCAGACAUUUUAGGCAGAUUUGGAGUUUGGUGGCAUCAAGAAAAGAAUCAGUUUGAUAGGUUGAUUUGUUUAAUUAUAAAGUUUUUGGUGGGAGGAGACAGUUGCUCAGGUGGUUUGUCGGAUUUUUUUUUUUUUUGAGUGUUGACUUCACCAGUGGAAACGAAGUCACCUCGACAUUUUAAAUAUCAGUUCUUACGAACUGAAGUCCGGAAAUCCAGUUGUUGCAUAUGUUGUCGAAGGAAGAAAUCUCAGGUUUUUAUGUGUGUUGUUGGAAGUUUAUUUUGGGUUGUUGACUCAUUCCGGGUGAGGGAGACACCCCGCCCUUGAGUACCAGUUCUGCUGAACUGUGAGAUAGAAAAUCCAGGUUUGUGUUAUGAGCCCCAUUGUGUAAUUAUAGAACCACAGUUUUGUGUUGAAAAGGUGAAUUAUUAUUGAAACGGAGUACCGUAGUAAUCUGAGGAAGUGUCUGAUGUAACUAAUUCCCCAUUCAUAGACAAGAAUUUAUAUUCCUUAGAUAUGUAAUUUCAUGCAGAGAACUUUUGUUGUGUAUGUAAUGUCAAAGGGUCACUGUUUAUGUGUUGAUGCCAAAAGUAUGUUGAGGUAACACUCUGAUGAACUGUUAGGAACAUGUUCCUUAUACUGUAUUGUACUGAAAUAACGGAAUUGAUAAGAUGUUGCAUGUAUAGGUAACGGAGACCCGAGUAUGAGAAGUUUAAGUCUCCUUAUAGUUUCCUUUUAAUGAUAUACUGUGUACCGAAGUAGCAGAAUUGUAAGCUGUUGUCCGAUGUAUAUGGUAGCGGAGACGCUUGUGGGAAACGUUUGUCUCCUUAUGUUUUGUUUGAUGUAUUAAGAUACUGUAAUCACGAACUGUUAGGAUGUUGUCAAAUGUAUGUACACUACAGCGUUAGUGCUUUUGCAUAUUAUUCCGCAUAAUAUGAAUCUUUGGGAGGGGAAGGCUAUGUACUGCGCACAUCAUUGUCAUUCCUAAAAACCCCCUUUAAUUCAUAUUACGCUACAUAACAUUCAAAUCCACCGCGCUUGUAGAGUCUCAGAAAACGGGAAACAUUGAUAAAGACUAACUCACCUAAUGAAUGUUACGGAAUUAUUUGAUGAAUUGUACCCAACUACGGGUAUAUAAUGUUAAUCGUGUGUACUCAUAGCAUUAAGGAGAACUCAAGGUACCUACAGGAUGGUUGGGAAGGUCCAAUUGAUACGGACUAGUGUACUAUAAGGGAUAAGUGUAGAUCGUAGUUUGAAGGUCAUACUAUGAACGUCUGUGAACUAUUAGUGAACAUAACUACUGCAGGUAUCAGAUGAAAAUACAAGAGAACAAUAAUCUGGAAAAAGGAUAAAUGUAUCAGACCUAUGUGAAGUGUUGGAAGUGAUCCAGAAACUAUGCUUCAAAGAAAAUAUCUUGUACACCUACGCCAUGAAAAUACGACGCUCGGUUUUGUUCGGGUUGGCGCCUAGGCCGCCUCGGGCAUACCGCCUUGAUAUUAUAACCCAAUGAAUUUACCCAGGAACUAGCAAACCAGAACCUUACCUUAGUGUGUAAUUUAGGAUUACGAUAUGUAUUUAUAAAGCAUAAAGUCACAAUAGAUAGGAAAUGGAGAUGUGAGAACCAUAAGAAUUCAAAGUGAAAUUUAAAGAUUGGAAACUGUAGGCCUAAACAGAGAGGAGCGCGGGAGUCGGAGCAUGCUCCGACUUCCAACACAGGUCAGUGCCCUUCAUCAUGCUUUAUUCAGCCCUAAAAAGACUUAUCUAGCAGUUUUUCCAUCUUAAAACCUUGCCUGAUGUUAUAAAGUGAAGCCAUAGUGUACUAGUGUGUGGUGACGAAAGCCCCUCAGGCUUUAUUCUUAGUGAUGCCUCCACUUCUCCCAACACAGGACGCAUUCUGAGCGCCUCUCGGGCAUCAGCCAUGACCACACUGUGAAGGCCAGUGGUCCUGCACCUCCACUGUGGAUCUGUAGAUACCCUACAUAUCACCACCCAGGAUAGGAGAAAAUCACUGUAUACUUGAGAAGUUUAGCUGUCGCUACGUGGAGCGACUUCCUAAUACCAGGCGUGGAACCAGUACUGGUAUGAUUACCUGGGAAGUAUCCCAUCUGCUCAUCAAGAGAAGUGUAAUGAAGAUAAUAGUUGUUCUCCUGACGAAGGCCAACUCUUUUUGUAAUGUAACAGGUGAUGUUAUACUCUAACAGGUGGUGCAGUCUGACGUGUUUGGUGUUAUAAGUUAGAAGGAAUGACCGAGGAAAGGAGGUCAAUGAUUGUUAUGAGGAAUGAGUAUGUUAAUGACACGUCUGUUGUUGAGCAGUGUAACUAAAAUCAUAGUUGUUCUUCUGAGGACGGCCAACUCUUCUGGUAUUUUGACGGAAUGCAAUAUGUUUUAUAAGGAAUAAAUUAGUUAAGACAUGUCAUUGUUUCACCCUUCUUUCCCUUAUCGAUUUGGUCAAUGAAAAACCCAACUCAAUGCCUAGUUCACUCUGCCUGCUACAUAAUGACCCCAGCAUCUGGCAGUAUACUACGUUGUGAUAUGUUUACAAUAAUCUUGAUUGACCUAGUUCUCAGACACUGAUUGUAUCAUAAAGUUUAGAAUUAAGGUAUAAAGUUAUAAGGCAUGAAGUCACAAUACCUAGGGAAAUGAUUUGUGUGUGGGGCCAGAAUAAAGACUAGGUGAUUAGAACACAUUAGUAACCAUAGGCCUCGUCUGACACACAUACAGCCCCAUAGAGCCAGUAAUAUGGAGACUUUUCAUGUGUGUGUGAAAAGUUUACCCAAAUGGAGGACGGUAUGUGGUGUUGGGGAUGCCGCCAGACCCAGGAAAUGGCCAGUGUGUGAGGAGCCCCCAGUACAAUACACAGUUAUGGAAUGAAUGACAUAAUCCCUGUAGUGUGAGCUCAGACUUCAUAAGGAUCUCUGGAUGACUCAUAGUGAAGUUUGAGAGCUCAGGUGCUAUAAUGAGUUACCUUAGUUGGAGUACAUAGUCUACCUCAUACAGUACAGGUCUACAGUACAGAAGUAUACCUGUUAGUUCCUUAGUAGACUACAUUACCUGUCUAACUUUGUGAAGUGUGUAAUUUUGUUCCUUCUAUUCAGGUGCUAAUGAAUGACCUUAGUAUCAUUGACCUUAAUGGGAGGUCAUAUUUUUGUACUGUAACUAAGUGUAAUUGUAUCGAAUUGAUUCUCGUAUAAGACCAAUGUUUAUUAAUAAAUUAGA